GAAGAACAACUAAAUGCUUCAAACUCCUGCCAUGGCUGCAGCGGUGUGGACUGAAAGAGGACGGAGGACUGUGAAUCUGGUUUGGACACUGACUGGGGCCAGAUCAAAUCACACCGCUUUGAAAUCCAGUUAUGACGCGGUGAUCAUCGGCGGAGGACACAAUGGACUGGUGGCAGCUGCCUAUCUUCAGAAGGGAGGUGUGAAGACAGCUGUGUUGGAGCGCAGACACUUGCUGGGGGGAGCAGCAGUUUCAGAGGAGAUCUUCCCUGGUUUCCUCUUCUCCAGGUGCUCCUAUUUGCUCAGUUUAUUACGACCACACAUUUACCGAGACCUGGAGCUGGAGAAACAUGGGCUUAAGGUGUACAUGAGAGACCCCCAUGCUUUCACCCCCAUGUUGGAGGAGGGAGUGAGAGGUCUCCCACCGAGGUCCCUCACCCUCGGCGCAGAUCUGGCCAAGAACCAGAAUGAGAUCGGGAAGUUCUCACAGAGGGAUGCAAAGGCCUAUCCAGAGUUCGUUGCAUAUCUUGACAAGCUAGGAGCUGCUAUCCACCCUCUGCUGGACGCUCCUCCUGUCGACAUUCCAGGUGUCACAACUGGAUCGCUGAGGAAAAGGCUGACUGCAGCAAAAACACUGACACCUAUUGUCAAAUGUGGUUUAAAACUUGGCAGGAAUCUUCCAGAAUUCUAUGAGAUCGUAACAGCACCGAUAAUGAAGAUUCUCACACGGUGGUUUGAGUCAGAGCCACUGAGAGCGACACUGGCGACUGACGGCGUGAUAGGAGCCAUGACCAGUCCCAGUAAUCCUGGUAGUGGAUAUGUACUCCUGCACCAUGUGAUGGGAGAGCUGGAGACGGAGAAGGGAGCAUGGGGUUAUGUAGAGGGAGGCAUGGGAGGAGUGUCUCAGUCUAUUGCUAAAGCUGCUCGAUCCUACGGCGUGGACAUCUUCACUGAGAAGGAUGUGGGGCAGAUACUUGUUGGUUCAGAUGGUUCUGCCAGGGGAGUGGCACUAAAGGAUGGCACAGAGAUCCACAGUAAAGUGGUUUUAUCAAAUGCUACUCCUUAUGUAACCUUCAAGAACCUCACACCACAGGCCGCCCUGUCUCCAGAGUUCAUCAGAGCUGUAGAUCAGAUUGACUACACCUCCCCUGUUACUAAGAUCAAUGUGGCAGUAGACAAGCUACCAAACUUCCUUGCAUCUCCUACACCAGACGAUAAACCUGGACCCCACCAUCAAUGCUCCAUCCAUCUAAACUGUGAAAGCGUGGACAUACUGGAGACUGCAUAUAAAGAUGCCCAGAGUGGACGUCCCUCAACCAGGCCGAUGCUGGAGAUGACCAUCCCCUCUGUGUUGGAUCCCACUCUGGCGCCCCCUGGCUGUCACGUGGUGUCACUGUUCUGCCAGUUCACCCCCUACCACAUAGAGGGGAGGGAGUGGACUGACCAGGACCGGGAGGCCUUCGCAGACACUGCAUUCGACUGGGUGGAGCAAUAUGCCCCUGGGUUUAAAAAGUCCGUAGUUGGCAGAGAUAUCCUGUGUCCAUCAGACCUGGAGAGGAUCUUUGGACUCACUGGAGGGAAUAUUUUCCACGGCUCAAUGUCUCUGGACCAGCUCUACCUCGCACGGCCUUUGCCCGCUCUCUCAGACUACCGAUCACCAAUCAAAGGCCUCUAUCUCUGUGGCAGCGGCUGUCAUCCAGGCGGUGGUGUGAUGGGUUCUCCUGGCUGGAACGCUGCCCUCACCGUCAUGGCUGACUUGAAACGUCGCUGAGAAACGUGGCGGUAUCAGUGUCUGGUUCAUUCAGCGGUGCGCUACAAUAUCUCCGCUGUGUGGAUUCAACUCAGAACACCUAUUUGAAUAUCUGUCUGAUGCCUCUCUUGUUGUAAGCAGAGAAAUGGUUGAUAUGAUAAUAGUUAUAUGUGAUAAAUGACACUAACAGGUGGUGGAAAAGGCAGGUUUUUAAGGCCUUUUAUAAGCUAUUCAUAGGAGAAGUCUUCUUGUAGAGAUGAAGUCAUCAGAAAAUCCCUGAUGCAUAGAUAUGAAGAUGUUGAGUGCAAAUGUAUUUUUAAAAUAACUGACAAUUGGGUCAGUAAACUGAACUAAAAUGUUUUUCAUGAUUAAAUAUUGAAUAAAUAAAAAUAAUUCAAAUAAA